AUGGAAAUUGUGUCGGCAUUAGCGGACACGUAUACAAAGCUCGGAUAUGCCGGUAAUACUGAACCCCAGUUCAUUAUUCCUUCAUGUAUUGCUAUCAAAGAAUCGGCAAAAGUGGUCGAUCAAGCACAAAGGAGGGUUUUGAAAGGUGUUGAUGAUUUAGACUUCUUUAUCGGGGAUGAAGCAAUAGAAAAACCAACUUAUGCAACCAAGUGGCCCAUCCGCCAUGGUAUAGUUGAAGACUGGGACUUGAUGGAGAGGUUUAUGGAGCAAGUAAUCUUUAAGUAUCUAAGGGCAGAACCCGAGGACCAUUAUUUUCUUUUGACUGAGCCUCCAUUAAAUACUCCAGAAAAUAGAGAAUAUACUGCUGAAAUCAUGUUUGAGUCUUUCAAUGUUCCAGGGCUAUAUAUUGCCGUUCAGGCUGUCCUUGCCUUAGCUGCGUCUUGGACGUCACGACAAGUAGGAGAACGAACGCUGACUGGCACAGUUAUAGACAGCGGUGAUGGUGUCACUCAUGUUAUUCCUGUGGCUGAAGGGUACGUGAUUGGCAGCUGUAUCAAACACAUUCCAAUUGCUGGGCGAGAUAUUACAUACUUCAUUCAGCAGUUGCUGAGGGAGCGAGAAGUAGGAAUUCCUCCCGAACAAUCCUUGGAAACAGCUAAAGCAGUGAAGGAACGCUUUAGUUAUGUUUGCCCUGACUUAGUAAAAGAAUUUAACAAGUAUGACACAGAUGGUACAAAGUGGAUUAAACAGUAUACUGGAAUUAAUGCUAUCUCAAAGAAAGAAUUUACCAUUGAUGUUGGCUAUGAGAGAUUCCUGGGGCCAGAGAUUUUCUUUCAUCCUGAGUUUGCUAAUCCUGACUUUACGCAACCAAUCUCAGAAGUAGUAGAUGAAGUUAUUCAGAAUUGCCCCAUUGAUGUUAGACGUCCUCUGUAUAAGAAUAUUGUCCUCUCUGGAGGCUCAACAAUGUUCAGGGACUUUGGUCGCCGUUUACAGCGAGACUUGAAAAGGACUGUUGAUGCCAGACUGAAACUUAGUGAAGAACUUAGUGGUGGCAGACUGAAGCCAAAGCCCAUUGACGUGCAGGUCAUCACACACCAUAUGCAAAGAUACGCUGUUUGGUUCGGAGGAUCGAUGCUGGCUUCCACACCUGAAUUCUACCAAGUAUGCCAUACCAAAAAAGAUUAUGAAGAGAUUGGUCCUAGCAUCUGUCGUCACAACCCUGUGUUUGGAGUCAUGUCUUAAAGCUGACCUUGGAGGGGUCAGGGACAGGGAGGUGGGGAGGAGGAGCAGUUGUCUUUCUGAUUACUUGUUUGUCUGAUGGCUGGUAUUAAGAUAACAAACAUGACUUGACAGUAAGACCAAGACCAAACGCAAUUAAGCAGGAUUAUUUUAAUAAGUGUCUCAACAUGCGGAUGUAGUGGAAAGCCAAAAUGAUCACAUUUUUUCUUUAGAUUGAUUAUUUGAACCUGUGCGUAACAAAACAAAAAAAGUGGAUUUUAGUUCUUUCUGUGCCCUGAUAUUUUGUAUAUUAAUGAAUUAUCCAAGAUUUGGUGGGAUUUGACGGUGUGUAGAUAGUCAGCUCUCUAAUGCUUCUGUUGUACCCUUUCACGGGUGCAAUGCAGGAGCUUGUUUAUAUUUCAUACUUUUUUAUACUUUGAGGAAAAAAUAUGACUUAAACUGUAAUAUUUGAGGAAAAAAAUUUACCAGUGACCAACUUGAAAGUAAAUUAAAAAAGAAAAGAAGUCAUGACUCACGCAGCUAGUUCUUGCAAAUCAUGACUAGUCUAAAUCCUGGGUUCCAUACAAUGCGAGUGCUUUUGGGACGAAGAAGCUAGUAUCUUGGAUUAACUGAUGCCUGCUAGUGCUUUCUGAUUACUUGGUGCAUUUUCAUACUAUCUCUUGCUUUAAAAAAAAAAAAGUAAAGACAAGACUGUUGGACCAGUAUUGCAGUUCUGUAGUGUCAUUUCUAAUUAAAACCAAAUAAUCAGGUUAUCAAAAUUGGUGUAUUUAAAGCCUAACACCAUUCCAAUAAAGGCACAAAAUUUCUUUUUAUGUUUGUGUCAGCCUUGUUAAUCUCAUUCCGUGGGAAGUUGUGAGCAUGGGUUCCUACAUACCCGCUGUGGUUUUUGGAGAGUAGGAUUGGUCUGUGAGGUAGCGAUCAUUAUGUGCAUGGUGUAAACUGAAGUGUGAGCAUUUUAGAACUGCAGUUUAUAUGUUCAUCUAGGUAGCACUUAUCUAGAUAAACGUAACAUCUCCCCAGGGUUAGGUUUGUUCAUCUACUUUGUUCUGUAACCAUUUUUCCCCCCACUUUCUCUCAAGUGGUGGCAUACGGGAGACAGCACUGCGUUUUGAAUCUCUGGUUUUUCUGCAAGAAAAUGCCAUGUAGAUAAAAAUAAAGUGAAAACAAUCUCUUUCUCAUUCUUUCUAGGAAGAAC